GCGACAGUUUGGUUACCAUUAAUGUUUACCUACUCACUUAUAUAUACCAAGAUGACCCAUACCAUUGUACUCAUCAGUAAUGACACAGCUAAAAGAUAAGUUACGAGAACUGCGGGAGUUGACAGAAGCCUUAUAUCGAGAUUUUGGGCUCAAGUGCGAGUACACACUCUCAGACAUUAAAGACGCCUUGCUGCCACCAGAGUCAGAUAAUGUUCCCAAAGACGCUGACCUUUCUGGCUCCUCUGUGGAUGAAACUUCUGUGAUCGAGUCGACUUUUAAGACGAUUGAAAUCGACCCUUCAGACUCACGCGAAGUUGACGAGUAUCUUGUUCAAUGCUUCGAUGAAUUCCAGCAGAUCCCAUGCAAGUUACUGGCAAAAGCGUGGAUACGUCUCAUAGAGCCUAAGAAACAGAGCAGAUACCCUUACAAGCUAGGGGAUCGGUCCAAGCCGUUGUGGUGGCCGGAGACUUGUCGCCAUAAGGAGCCAGACCACCUUCGCAAAGAAGAGCGAAUUGACCUGCUGGUAUGCAUAGUGAAGACUUUUAGGUUCCGAGCAAAAGAUUUGAUCGUGACGGCAGAGUCUGUAGGGGAUUUCAGCAUAGCCCAGGGAGAACACACAAAAGUAGGCAGACUUAGCCGACGCAAGCUCGACAUACUUAUAGAGAUGUUCAAGGUUCUCAAUACCGCCCCUGGUUCCGGACCCGUGAUGGUGAGCAAACCUGGCAAAAAAUACUCCAGCAAGGUUUAUACCAAAAAAGUGCUGCAGCGCAAGUUGGAGUCCGAGCAGCGCGAAAAUGUUCCUCCUGAACAGCAGAGUCUUCCACCCAAAACUCCAUCACCACGUAGGGUGCUUGGUGCGCCGCUGAUACCCUCAAAUAUGCGACAAACGUCGACACCUGAGAUGAACUUCCAGAGUCACGAUUUUGGGCACGAGAACAUCGAGCCCAGCUUGGGGAGUCGAAACCCGCUCAGUCUCUUGACGCCUAACAACUUCAAUCUGUUGCUCUUGUACGGGUCAUCGUCAACGGACUUUGGCGGGCUUUUCCAGGCCAACGAGAAUACGAGGUCUGCGCAGCGUGCGACGUAUUUCCAACGAGUGGACCAAUUCGAUAGCGACGAAACAACAAGUGAGUGUUGAUAUGCUCACAGAACGCUCUCGCCAAUUGGAAAGUAUACUAUCUGAGUAAUGAAUUUCCCGCCGUAUCUAUGGAUGCAGGAGCCCGCAAGAACGUUGUCGACCUUGGAGUUGCAGGUAAUGAGGUGGUUGAGCAUCACGUGGUUUGGAAUGUCCUCGUGAUCAAUGUUCUCAACGUAGUCCGAGUGUCGUAGCUGAGAGACGGUCUGGAUGCCCUGGUCGCUAGCUCUUUUUUUGAGCUGUUCUCUGAUCGACCUUGAGCGGGGCUGGCGGCUGUACUUGUCCAUCAGGUUCAGAUUAUUGAUGUUGUAAUGGUGCUGUUCGUUGAUGUAAACAUGGUUCGAGUACUGGUACUGGUAUGGGUAUGUGCGAUAGUUGUGGGAGGGCGAGUCGUUCAAAAGGUUGGAGUUCAAAUAAGGGGGUAAAAGCGGUGGUUCUUUGAAUCCGAGCGACUGCAAAAAAUCAAAGUGAUUCAUCUUGUCAAACUCGGCGUCCGAAAAGUCGUAUGGAGAUUUAUAAGGGUAAUGUAUCUUCUCAGGAAGGUAAAAAUGAGGGAUCUCGUUUGUGUAUUCCUCCUUUUCCUGCUUUACUAAGCUGGAUGUGGAAAUAUUUAGAAAGCUCAGGUCGUGCGCAAGAGCAGCGUCAGAAAGCUCCUCCACCGUGGAAGAGGCGCUGGAUGUGUCAGCCAGCGGCACAUGAUUGUACUCGUCCUCAAUAUGCUGGUCGUUUAUGUCGUCAGAAAAGAACAUUCGCGAAACUGUGCGCUCUUGACCCGUCUGUGAUCCCUCCUUGCUUUCGCCAAUUCCUGGGGCCCCGCAGCUUGAAGCUGAGGAAGACACUGUGGACGUUUCCGACGAAGAUAACACCGGGUGAUCUUCGAUGUUCUCGAUAAAUGAGUACGAGCCUAGUUUAUGAACUCUAUUUUU